AUGUCUAACCUCCCCCAGGUCCGUUGGGGUAUCAUUGCUACUGGCAUGAUAUCCUCAUGGUUUGUGGAGGAUCUGGUUCUCGACUGGCCGGAAUCCAAAGUAGAGCAUGUUGUCCAAGCUAUUGGUACUUCAAACAUUGAAAAGGGUCAGGAAUUUGCGACCAAGUACUGCCCAAAACAAAGCCCAAAGGUCUAUAGCUCUUAUGAAGAAGUCUAUCGCGAUGCAGAUGUGGAUAUUGUAUAUAUCGGAACCCCACACGGGUUCCAUUAUCGUGAUUGCCUGGAAGCGAUCUCUGCCGGGAAGAAUGUCUUGUGCGAGAAAUCUUUCACUCUGAAUGCCAAACAGUCAAGGGAGAUAUUCAACGCCGCUCGUGAAAAGAAUGUAUACGUGGCUGAAGCUAUGUGGCUCCGACAUCGACCUCUUUUCAUCGAACUCCAGCGAUUGCUCCACGAAGAGAAGAUCAUUGGGGAUGUCUUCCGGGUGUUCUCGGAUUUUGCAUCUGGUGUUGAUGUUGCCUCACUUCCAUCCACAUCCCGAUACCGCAAUCUCGCAUUAGGAGCGGGGUCAUUGUUAGAUAUUGGGGUGUAUUCACUUACCUGGGCGAGAUUGGCGCUGGGUGGGAGUGCACCCGAUCAGGCAGAGAUGCCGCGGAUUCUGGCUGCGCAAACCCAUGAAGAAGGGGUUGAAGUGACCACCAGUGUGGUCUUGCAGUAUCCCUCGACUGGAAAGCAGGGUAUCGUUACUUCAACCACCAAAGCCCUCGGUGCUCCUGGUGAAGUCUUUGCUGUUAUACACGGAACCAAUGGUUACAUUGAGGUAGAAGGUAGGACGCCAUCUGCGCCGGAAUCUUUUACUGUGUGGACGAAGCAGGAAGGGAAUCCCGAUCGUGCAUAUUUCCCCAGGGAGAUCUGUCAAGGGAAAAAAUAUGAGUUUCCGACUCUGGGACGUGGUUUUGUCCAUGAGGCUGAACAAACGGCACUUGAUAUUCUCGAAGGCAGGAAAGAGAGCAGGGUCAUGCCGUGGGCUGAAACACUGUAUAUGAUGGAUAUCAUGGAUGAGAUCAGACGGCAGGGUAACACAAUCUAUCCUGGAGAGUGA